AUGACUCCCACACUUGAUCUUGAAUUUGAUAAUUUAGAAGAGACAUGGCAGUAUUGGGUUGGCUAUGGCAAAAGAAUGGGAUUUGGUGUUAGAAAAGAAAACUCCAAUAAAAGCAAGAAAGAUGGUUCUAUCAUAUAUUAUAAAUAUGUUUGUCACAAGGAGGGAGUGAGAAAACCAGAUAAAAGAGAUUUCAAAAUUAAGAAGCCUCGACAGGAAACAAGAACUGGGUGUGAAGUCAGAAUGAUAAUUAAAAAAGUGAAUAGAAGAUUUAGAGUUAGUGAACUUUAUUUGGAUCAUAAUCAUCCUUUAGAGCCUCAAGAAACUGUUCACAUGUUUGCAUCACAGAGGAAAUUACCAGAAGCACAAGGUUAUGCUUUAGAAGCUGCUGAAGACGUCGGGGUUAAGCAAAAAGCCUCUUUGAAUUUAAUGAGUAAAUAUGCAGGAGGGAGGGCUAACUUAAGAUAUACUGAAGAGGAUAUAAAGAGUUAUCUAAGAGCAAGGAGACAACGAAAAAUGUGCUAUGAUGAAGCCGGGUGUCUACUUCGUUAUUUCCAACAUCAACUAACAGAAAAUCCUUCAUAUUUUCAUGCCUAUCAAGUGGACUCAGAAGAUCGAAUAACUAAUGUAUUUUGGGAUGAUCCACAUAUGUUGUUAGAUUAUGAUUGUUUUGGGGAUGUCAUUUCAUUUGAUACAACAUACUCCACCAAUCGUGAAAAUAGACCGCUUGCCAUUUUUUCAGGUCUCAAUCAUUAUAGAGAAGUAGUGAUAUUUGGUGUUGCUUUAUUGUAUGAUGAGACCAUUGAAUCUUUUAAAUGGUUUUUUGAAACUUUUCUACAAGCACAUAAGGAAAAAUUGCCAUUUACUGUAUUUAUUGACCAAGAUGCUACGAUGGCACGAGCCUUGAAAGAAGUAAUGCCAACUGUGAAGCAUGGCUUGUGCACUUUUCAUAUUAAUAGAUAUGCGGUGAAACAUCUUGGAAACUUGAUGAAGGAUGACUCUCAUUUUUUGGGUAAGUUUAAUUGGUGCAUGUAUCAUUGUGAAGAAAAAAUAGUGUUUGAGGAAUCUUGGAAAGAAUUAUUGUUGAAGUACAAUGCAGCAGAUAAUCCUUGGUUGAUGUCCAUUUAUGAGUUGAAAGAAAAAUGGGCAGCGCGCAUGUUACAUGAAGGAUUCAAAGACUCUUGGUAUGAGAAGCACACAACUUAG